AUGGAAAAUGCUGUUCUUUCUAAUUCUCAUUACCUCAAUUCCUUCCGUGCUCUUUGCAGCAUCAUUACUACGGCAAAUGGUAGUGUCAUCACCAUUGAUCGCUUUGAUUUUAAAUCUUCGGUCCCACUGAAUGCUUCUGUUCUGUAUCUAAUUCAGCAAAGUUUCUCUUCCUGUGUCAAAUGCAUCUGUGCUUUCACUGUGACUUUUACCAGUUCAAUUAAGUUACUUACACUUACGCAUAAGUACAGUCUUCUGCAUCAUCACCCUUUACUCAAUUUGAAAAUUUGUGUGCGCCGUGCAGGGAUCGAUAUGUGA